AUGAUCAGUGAGCAGAACCAAGAGUCGGAUGACAAAAAUCGAAGCCCAGAAGAAGACUCCAACGCCGAGAGCUGCUUGUCGGAGGACAAUGACGAGGAUGGGGAGCUUUCCGAUGGCAACAGCUCGAGGGCAAGUGAGUCCGGGCUGCAAGCUGGCGAGAACGAUGGAGAGGAAACGCCGAGCAAGGGCAAGAACAGAAAGAUCGCGACGUUAUCAUACGAGCAAAUCUCGCAGCUGUUUCACCUGAAGCAAAUCGACGCGGCAAGACAAUUAGGAAUCUCUCUGACGGCCAUGAAGAACAUGUGUCGGAGGGCAGGGAUUUGGAAGUGGCCCUACUCAAGGAAGCGCACAGUCACACACUUCCAGGACCUUUCUUGGCUGAUCAAGAGCCACGAGACAGACUCAGGCUCGGCUUCUGGGAGCAGCAAAAAGAUGCCGAAAACUAAAGAACAAAGCAUCUCGCCUUCCAGUCAAGUUGUGCCAAUGGAAUCUUCAAAGCAGGUUUCAGCCACAUCGGCAGGAACUGUGACAGUCACAGUGUCCAGCCCACAGACACAUACGACCUGCACUGAGAAAAAGAAGGAAGCGUUGGAGGUCGCCAGCCCCAUACAAGCAAUGUCGUGUCCUCCUGAGAGGCAGGGUCCUUCGAUGACAAUAUCUGACUAUCUGCACUUCGAGAAUGUAAAAACCCUUGGUGACUACAGAACCAUUCGAUACGAGAGAAGCGCUUCGCCAGAAAGCAAGGCGACAUCCAGCUCAGUCAAGCAAGAGCCUGCAAGUCCGAGUGCCGACAAAGUGCUAAAAUCUUCGCCGAGAACAAGCCGCAGCCCACCUGAUUCUCCGACAUCGGAGGCACCUAGGAUCAAGAGGCAACGCACAUGA